AUGAUAAGUUUUUUAUACGUAUGAUCUCAAGUAUAUUACGCAUCUUCGAACAUGAAUUUGUGUGUGUUUUAAAUUUUCUAAUAAAUUUCUUAUACAUAUAUAUAUAUGUACAUGUAUAUAAUAUGUGAUAAAAUAUACGUAUACAUAUGCAUACAUAUAAAGGCUUAAAUAGGUUAGAAUAGAUACAUACAGCCCCUUCCAUAAUGUAUAAAUUCUAUGGUUAAAGUCAUAGUUGUCAUAACAUAACGGAAUAAUAUAUCUAUUAUUCACUUUGUUUCAUAUGUUAGGUCAUUCACAUAUUUCGAGAGAUUUUUAAUUAGCUCUUAUAAAAUAAUAAUAUUUGAAAGUAAUAAUCAUUAUUCAAUAUGACGAAAAAUUAUUCUAAAGAAACGUCAAUUCCUUCGAAAUUAAAGGGCACAAAUGAUCAUAAUGAAUUUUUGAAUCGAAUUACAAAGUCAUUGUAUUAUUUUGAAUUUCCAGUGACCGAUUGUCUCAGUUUUCCAGUUACUGAAAUGGCGGCAGAACUUUUUACUGGGGUGAAUCAUACGUUAGAACGAUUAGAUGUGGAAGAAGCAAGUAAAAUUUCUAGAAAUGCCUGCGUUUCUCCGUGUUCUUUGAUCUUAGCAUUAUUAUACUUAGAAAAAUUAAAAGAUUGCAAUCCAGAAUAUCUUCAACAAGUAGCACCUUCUAAACUGUUUCUUGUUUCUUUAAUGGUAGCUACUAAAUUUUUAAACGAUGAUGGAGAAGAAGAUCAAGUUUUUAAUACAGAAUGGGCCUUAUCAAGCGAUUUAACCAUAUUGCAGAUAAAUCAAUUGGAGAAGGAAUUUUUAAAUGCUAUUGAUUGGUCUAUAUAUGUUCAAAAUCAAGAUUUUUGGAAAAGAUUACAAAAACUAGAAAAGGAUAUUGCUUAUAAAGAAGCUCAAAAACGUGGCUGGUUUUCUUAUACAGAAUUGAGCUGUCUCAUGGAUUCUGUUCAACUGCUAGCUGUUGUUUAUGAAUUUAUAAAUAUAUCAUCUGUAUGUUUAGUAGCAUAUGCUAUUGGAGUAGUCACUAUUUUGGGAUCUGCUGUAGUUACGAGUCAUUUGCCUGGUACACAACUUGGUUCAACGAUAUUGAGAAAUACUGAAAAUAUAACAAAUAUAAGCAUAGAUACAGAGAUAGAGAAGGAAAGGAUAAAUCAAGAUAUUGAGAUACCUGAUAUAUUUACAACAAUGGAUUUUAUACAUGCUACAAAAUCUUAUAAAACAUGUGAAAAAAAUGAAGUAGUAAGCAUAUCUUGGAAAUGUUGGAUACACUCUAUGAAUACUUGGUUUCCUGACGAUACAUAUUUGAAAUCGCAACCAAUGAACCAUUUACACUUUACAGAUUAUAAUCCAUUUUCUACUAUAAGUAAAUUUAUACUUGAUACUAAUUCUUCUACGGAAUUAAUUUUACAAUGAAAAAGACUUGUAUUAGGAAUUUUUGGUUUAGAAAUUUCUUUUCUGACAAGCGAUGUCACAUAUAUUUUCUGUAAUCAUUUAUGAGAAAAAAAUUUUUUUCUACUUAAACUGCAGAUAAAGUUUAGAUAAUUUACUUAUAGAUUUUAUGAAAAUUAUAUAAAAAAAAAAAAGAAUU